CAAAGCUCUUCCCUUCUGGAAUCUGGAUUCUCUCUCUAAAUUUCUAUCUGUGUAUCCAACUGUGUCUGAACAGAGGUAGAGGGAGUCUAGAGAGAGAAAGAGCGGGUAGGAGGGAAGUCCCUGCGGAAGUCUCUGCGAAAGAGGCUGGACCAUUUCUCUGUCUUCUCUCUCUUUCUCUUUCAUCAAAUGAUGGUUUUCACACGCUAAAUUCUCCUUCUCAGCCUCUUCUCCAAUUCCAAACCCAAAACCCUCUCUCUUCAUUUCCAUAAAUCACCUACCUCAUAUCAAAUUCUGGUCAUCUUCCAUUUUAUCCUAAAAAUACUUCCUACAAAAUCCCAUCCUUAUAUCUGAAAAUUCUCAUUACAAUUGGGCUGCACAGCAAUUUGGAUCUCAAAACAAAAAACCAUCUACUAUUUUUAUCCAAAGAGCUCAGAUUUCGAUUCGUUCCGGAAUUGUGUUCAAAUUCGGAAACCCAUUUUGGCAAACAAAGCGUUUUUUUUCAUAGAUGGGUAAUUGUUGUGUGACCCCUCAAACGGGUUCACCGUUGAAAGACAAGAAGAACAGGAAGAACCCAUUUGCAAUAGACUACCCCGGCAACCAGAGCAAUGGAGGCACCAAGCUCUCUGUGCUGAAAGACCCAACUGGCGUUGAAAUCGAGCUAAGAUACGAACUGGGUCGCGAGCUCGGCCGAGGAGAGUUUGGAAUUACAUAUCUUUGCACCGAUAAGGCCACCAACGAGAAAUUUGCUUGUAAAUCGAUUUCGAAGAAUAAGCUGAGGACAGCUGUGGAUAUCGAGGAUGUAAGGAGAGAAGUUGAGAUCAUGAAGCAUAUGCCUAAGCACCCCAACAUAGUGAGCUUGAAAGACACAUAUGAGGAUGACCAUGCUGUCCAUCUUGUCAUGGAGCUCUGUGAGGGUGGUGAGUUGUUCGAUCGAAUCGUUUCCAGAGGCCACUACACAGAGCGUGCGGCUGCCGCCGUCACGAAGACAAUUGUGGAAGUUGUUCAGAUGUGCCACAAGCAUGGUGUGAUGCAUCGGGAUCUCAAACCCGAGAACUUUUUAUUUGCAAACAAGAAGGAAACAGCUGCUUUAAAGGCAAUCGACUUUGGGUUGUCAGUGUUCUUUAAACCAGGUGAAAAAUUUAAUGAAAUUGUUGGAAGUCCAUAUUACAUGGCCCCUGAGGUGCUAAGGCGCAAUUAUGGUCCUGAAGUAGAUGUGUGGAGCGCUGGAGUUAUACUUUACAUCUUACUAUGUGGAGUUCCACCUUUUUGGGCAGAAACUGAACAGGGAGUUGCACAAGCAAUUAUACGUUCUGUUGUGGACUUUAAGAAAGACCCCUGGCCUAAGGUUUCUGAUAAUGCAAAAGACCUUGUGAAGAAGAUGCUUAAUCCUGACCCAAAGCAGAGGCUUACAGCUCAGGAAGUUCUAGAUCAUCCUUGGUUACUAAAUGCAAAGAAAGCUCCAAAUGUUUCUUUAGGUGAAACUGUGCGGGCGAGGCUCAAGCAAUUCACUGUAAUGAACAAGCUCAAGAAGAGAGCACUGAAGGUUAUAGCUGAGCAUUUGUCAAUGGAGGAAGUUGCUGGCAUACAGGAGGGAUUUAAGCUCAUGGAUACUACCAACAAGGGCAAGAUUAACAUUGAUGAGCUAAGAGUUGGGUUGCAUAAACUUGGCCAUCAGAUUCCUGAUGGAGAUCUUCAAAUUAUGAUGGAAGCUGGUGAUGUUGAUAAUGAUGGAUGUCUGGACUAUGGAGAAUUUGUAGCCAUUUCCGUUCAUCUAAGAAAGAUGGGCAAUGAUGAGGUGCACCUUCGCAAAGCAUUUCAAUUCUUUGAUCGAAACCAAAGUGAGUAUAUUGAGAUUGAGGAGCUGCGAGAAGCCUUGGCUACUGAAGUUGAUGACAACAUUGAAGAUGUUACUAAUGCCAUUAUUAAUGACGUGGAUACAGACAAGGAUGGACGAAUAAGUUACGAGGAGUUUGCUGCAAUGAUGAAGGCCGGCACAGAUUGGAGGAAAGCUUCAAGGCAGUACUCACGAGAGCGGUUCAAUAGUCUAAGUUUGAACUUGAUCAAGGAUGGAUCAUUUGAUGAGAAAAAAGUGAUUAGAUGACUUGGAAGAUUAACUUAAAGUACUUGUCGGAAGAUGCGAAUUAAUGAAAGAAUCUUUCAUUUUUUGUUGUGUUUUUUGUAAUUCUUUUUUCUGUGUUGUUCCUCUGUUUCAUCUUUUUUAGACCCUUUUGUGGUCUAUAGGAAAUGGGCCAAAAGUGUUCAUGUCAAUUGGGAUGUAUGUAACUGGUUUGUUGUAUGGGUUUGGAUGGGGAAGAGUGGGUUGAAAAGUUCAUUAUGAUUGUAAAUAUGUUCAUCAAAGUCAUUGUUGGUAUACAUUAAUGAGUUUCAUGUGGAUUUGAAUUGACACAUAUCUACAGUUAGCUGGGGA